AUGCCUUCCACUGAAGAGAUCGAGUACUUCCCGACGCCUGCCAUUACGACAGACCACCACUACACGCUGCCGAGCCCUUCUAUCCAGAUUCUGAGAGCGGGAGUCGUACAAGUACAAGAUCACCGCCCACUGCUCUCCGAUAUAGUUUUGGAGAAGCAUACCGCGAUUCCGACACGGGACGGCAGUAUUCUCUAUGCGGAUAUAUACCGACCUUCAAAAGCGCCAUUAGGCACUGUGCCAGCUAUCAUUGCCGCUGGUCCAUUUGGCAAAGACGGGGGUCCUAAUAAGUGGCAUUUCAAUCAAUGGCCCUGGCGUUUUGGAUGUCCUAGAAUCGCUACAUCAGGGCUUGAGAAGUUCGAAGGACCCGAUCCUGGCUACUGGUGCUAUCAUGGCUACGCAAUUGUUCAUACCGACUGCCGCGGGGUUUGGGAGUCUCAAGGUGAGAUGACUUUGAUGCCGUCGAAGCUUGAGGGUCAAGAUAACUACGACAUCAUCGAGUUCAUUGCAGCUCAGGAGUGGUGCAAUGGAAAGGUUUCCAUGGCGGGAAAUAGCUAUCUUUCGAUGACACAGUAUUGGACCGGUGCCGAGAAUCCACCUCAUCUUGCCUGCCUGGCGCCAUGGGAAGGCAUAUCCGAUUUAUACGAAGAUCAGGUUCGGCGAGGAGGCAUACCCAAUCCUGGUUUUAUCGAUGGCAUGUUCCGUGGAGAUGUAGCAUCAGCCACUGGAAGUAAGUCGAUUGACUUCAAUGCUAUGUGCUACAAAUAUCCACACAGAAACUCCUUCUGGAAUGGGUUCAGAGCAGAGGUCGAAAAGAUCAAAUGCCCAAUCUACAUGGUGGCCAGUUGGACAAAUGCGCUGCAUACCAAUGGGACUCUCAAUGCGUGGCAAAGACUUGGCAGCCAGGAAAAGUGGCUGAGAGUCCAUAACUCACAUGAGUGGCCAGACUUCUAUGAUGAGCAGAAUGUUUUGGACCUGCGACGCUUUUUUGAUUACUACAUGAAGGGAGUGAACAAUGACUGGAAAUAUACCCCACCGGUGCGAUUGAGUAUUCUGAAUCCUGGCGCAAAAGAUAUCGUGAACCGACCAGAAAGUUCGUUCCCUCUGGAGCGUCAAAGUCCAUUGAAGCUCUAUCUGGAUUCCACAUCCCUGAAAAUGCAACACAAUCUGCCGGCUCGACCGGGCAACACAGCCUACGAUGCUUGUACCGGGCAGGUACAAUUCAAAAUGCCAAUCACUUCGACCAUGGAAUUUACUGGAUAUAUCAAACUUCGGCUAUGGAUGGAAGCACGUGGCUCGGAUGACAUGGACGUAUUCACUACGCUAUCCAAAUAUGAUCCCAAAACAAACCAGGUGCUAGAAAGUACCUUGAUAGAUGUUGGGCGGCAUCUCGAGAACCCGGAGAAAGAACGAGAGGAUCUUCUUCGUCGCCAUCUGGCAGAUAAUAAGGACUGCGAGAAUUAUUUUGAUUCUGGCCCGAUGGGCUGUAUUCGAGCUAGCCAUCGGGAACUCGAUGAAGCCCAAACCACGAUGUUCCAGCCGGUUUACCUCCAUCAAAGAGAGCAACUGCUGCAGCCUGGCGAAAUUGUACCACUUGAUAUUGCUAUUUGGCCCUACGGCAUGAUCUGCAAUCCAGGUGAAGAGCUCCGAGUGACGAUCUCUGGGGCGAAUCCUAAGGAGCAUCUCCGCCCUACCGAUGUUCGGCCUCAGUUACGCAACCAAGGGAUGCAUGUUAUUCACACUAGCGGGGAACGGGAUUCGUACCUUCUGCUACCCUUGAUCCCAGUGGCGAAGUAG